AAAAUUAUUAAAGAGUCAUUUAGAAGGGAUCUAUUUAUUAGGAAAAAAUAUCCUGCAGAUGUAGAUAUUGAAAAUUUUGUUCAUAGUGUCUUAGUAAAUUGCUUUCCAGAAGUAAGAAUGUAUAAAGACAAAGACAAUUGGGAACAAGUCUGGUACAAGCUGAGAGGUGUACCAUUAGAAUUGUUUAGAACAACUAGGGGUAAUGCAAUCAGACAAAUUAAAUAUAGCUUGUUUCAAAAAUUUCGGAAUUUAGAAGAAAUCAAUCAUGAUGCAACAAUAAACCAAAUAUUAGAGUGGAAAGACAAUGACUCAACAAAGGAGACCCUUGACUCUUUAUGUGAGAUUGAAGAGGAUGAUGAUAUGACUUUCUUUGAAAAUAUCACAAGAGAAGCCUUUUCUGGUGAUAGAGGAAAAAGUGAGAAUAUUGAUCAUGAUGUUAGCAAAUAA